UCUCUCCUUCACCCCCGACAGCGCUGCCUGUCCCACUCCAACCUCGCCUCAGCAAUCCCCGUCCAUUCACUCGAUGCAACACCACCUUUGACUCGUCGCUCCUCGCCCUCUCCUCCCUUUCUUCCCUCUUCACCAUGUCCACAGAGCCGUCCAUAUUGUCGGCUGCAGGUGAACACGAGUCGCGUUCCCCCAUCGAUUAUCCCGCCCGCGAAACUCGUACCCGACGGUCGCGUCGCAAGAAGGAAGACGAUCUCGACCUGGAGCGGAGAGAAGCCGCCCGAACCACCAAAUCCCGAGAGAAAGAAAAAGAAAAGGAGAAGGAAAAGGAAAUAAAGGACAAGGAAAAGGACAAGGAGGAAAAAUUCGAGCCCAAACGGGGCAGCCGUCGUCAGCGAGAGAAGUCGUCGUCGACCUUCACCACUCCGACCACUUCGGCCGCGUCUCACGCCCACGCUCGCAAGAAGCCCAAGUUAGAGGCCGCCACACCAGAUCAGAGUCCUCGGGCGGCUGCUGUGUCGGCUCCUUCGCCCAUUGCUGUGCCUGCUGCUCCAAUUCCGGCGAAUAGUCCUCCUACGACAGCCGUCUCUGCUGCACCGGCAGCUCCAGCUCCAGCUCCAGCUCCAGCGCUAGCUCCGGCCCCGAGUCCAGCACCCAGCACCCCCAUCACAAGCCCGCGGAAACAAAUGAUGAAUCUGGAACAGAUGCAUCAAGGAACAGCCCGUCUUCUGAACCCUCCCUCCUUGCCGUCGUCGGCCCAUCCGACUCCGCCACCGGUGCCUCCUACAACCCUCGUCUCAUCUUAUCCGGCCCUGAUGCCAUCCGUACAUCCUCAUCCUCCUCCUCCUCCUCCGCGGCCGCAUUCCCAGCCGCCCGCUCCCCCGCCGCAAAGAACCAGCGGUCAGAACUUCGAUCCCAUUCGGUCAGCCUUUGAUACUGCAUCCCCUGCUAUAGCCCCGGCACCGGCCCAAACAUUGGCUCCAGCUCCGACGCCGGUGCCUACCUCCUUCAGUCCGCCGGCGCGCCCUAUCUCCCCGCGUCCAACAUUCCGUGCCAGUGCCUCGCCAGCCAUUGCGAGUAUCAUUGAUCCGCCCACCACGUCCUCACCCCCGGUCUAUGCCUCUCGGCCGUAUGGCUCCCCAAUCCAUGGUGCUUCCACCUACUCGCCAUCUCCCGCGGGCGCCUCCAUCGUUCCCACACCGCCGCAACCGCAUCCCCAAUCUCAACCCCGACCCCGACCCGUCUCGCCUUAUGCUCUACGAUCACCAUAUGCGACACCUAUACAAGCACCGCCACCUCAAGAGGCCCGGGUUCCGGCCCCAGCGCCCCAACCCAUUGCUGCACCUCCCCCGCCGGCCCCAGAACCUCAUACCCCAGCCCCAGCUCCGUCCAAUAAUCGACCACCCUCGCCUGGCCCAACCCCGAUGGAUGUUGAGCCCGAUGCACCGACUGCAUUGCCUGCUCCCAAAGUCACAAAGAAGGAAACCAAAUCACCCUCGACAGUACCGGCAUCGAAAGCUCCGUCUCCCAAACCGGCCCGAGCAGCCAAGGAAGCCCCCACACUGCCUCAGGGCUCCGGACUCAUAUCCAAUGCACUCUUUGGAGUGGAAGGCAGCUCCUCGACUGGCGACGCGAGCAACCGGCGCACGCCUAGCAUUGUCUUGCACGUCCCGCUGAAGGGCCACGGGAAUCAGAUCAUCAACUUCGCCCGCUUAGCCGAGGAGCAAUAUGGGUUUGCUGCCUUACACCCCCGUUUAGCCGCGCACAAGGAGCAACUUGCCCGUGUGGCGGCGGCAGGGGCCGCCUUGGAGCGGAACGACAAGGCGGGUGGCCGCGGUCUCUCCGCGGGAGAAAGCGCCGACGAGGAUUUGAGCAUGGAGGUCGACCGUGAUACGGAUAUGGACGGGGAGAGUGCAAUGGCCGCACCGGGCCGCUCGAAUGGCGCCGACCCGGCGGACGGGAAGAAAAAGCGCCGCAAGAAGAAAAUGGAGGAGUAUGAUCGGGACGAUCCCUUCGUGGAUGAUAGUGAGUUGGCCUGGCAGGAACAGGCUGCCGCCAGUAAAGACGGGUUCUUUGUCUACAGUGGGCCUCUGGUGCCGGAGGGCGAGAAAGUCCAAGUGGAACGGGCGGACGGGACCAUCAAGCGUGGCCGUGGCCGCGGGCGUGGUGGUCGAGGUCGGGGGCCUCCGUCCUCCCAUCACCAGGUGCCCUUGGCCGCCGCGGUCCCCAUUUCCCAGGAAACCGGUCUCCCCGUUCGGGGCCCCGGAUCACGAGGAGGUAGCACCACUCGUCGGCCGCGUAUUAGCAAGGCUGCCCGCCAGCAGGCAGAACUGGAGCGAGCCAACGCUGCGUCGGCGACCUCACAUGGCCGGGGCGGGAGUGCUACCGGCCGGGGCGGUUCCACCAGCACCCGCGGAGGAAAGAAUCCCAUGGUUGAACUGGCGCCGCGUCCGAAUCUUGCGCCCGCUCCCCCAGGGCCCAGUCCCGGGGGUAGCUCGGAGCUUGCAAUGAAGUAAGAUGGUUCGGGUUCCUCUCCGGGCUGCCCUGCGGGUGGUUCGUUUUCUGUGUUUCUCUCUGUUGGCGUCGUCGGGUCUGGGUUAUAGGGGAAGGAUGAACGGGCAUUAGUAGAAUGGUCUCGGGUGAUGUAGGGUCCGCCGUCUGUCUCUGUCAUUUAUGUUUGUUGGGUCAUGUUUGUUCCACUGGGACCCUGUCGUUCGGCG